AUGCUACGUAGUGCCAACACCGGCACAAUCCUGUGCGAGGAACAAUCCAAGUUCAUCCUGGAACGGAUCAAUGCAGUGGAAAAACAUUUCAGUGACCUGUGCGGAGCAUUCGCCGAGUUUACUAGAAAGGUAGCACGGCUACGGGACAAGUCCGAUGAAUUGGCCCAUAUCACGCAGGAUUACUCCGAGACGGAAAAGUACAACAAAUCACUGGCUAAUGGACUAUCCAGUUUGUCUAAGGCAAUAACGCUGAUAGGAGACUUCCAAGAUGCGGAGGUGAAGCGGUUGGAAAACCGCAUCGUUUCGGAGCUUUCUCAAUAUGAAAUAGUUUGCAAACAUUGCAAAGAAAGUGUGAAGGAUGCGAUCCUGUCGAGGGAUAAGGAGCUGGCUAAGAGAAAGCAGCUGGAUCAAGCUAGGUUGCGAAACGUCCGGGGUAAGAAGACGGCCAAGGAUGCCGAACUGAUCAAAUCCAAUCUGGAGCUUUCGAAAAACCUUAAAGAAAUGGAGGAAAUUGUCGGCCGGUUCGAGAAGCAGAAAUUGGUGGAUUUGAAAAAUUUGCUGAUGGAUUUUGUGAUGAUUGAGCUGAAAUUUCACACCAAUGCUAUUGAGGUGUUGUCUGCGACUUAUCAAGAUAUUUCGGAUAUUGAUGAGAAUCGAGACUACCAGGGAGUUCACAAAGAAAUUAAACGACAAAAUAGGCAAUUCAAGAAAUUUCUGCAGCAAGAUGAACUAUCCGAGCGGUACUUUCUGCAACGAAUCAAAUCGCAAUCGAUGGGCGCUCUGAGCUCGAUGUUCGCUGCAGCCUCAAGUGGAAACCGUAGAAAUAAAAGUUUAAGUUCAACGUCGCUGAAUUCAUCUCAAGAACAGGAAAAACCCACCGAAGGGACUAUCGCUUCCGAAGAUCUUCAACAGCAACACGAACAGCAGCUAGCAGCUGGUGGUGCUAAACGGAAAAGCAAUGAAAUUGCUGCUUCAAAGCAACGAUCAACUGAAGCUUUGGACGCAAUGAAACACAAACUUUCCGAUGAUGAUGAAUCAAAAUCAUCCACAACAGACAGUGACAGCGAUGAUGAUACAGACUCCGGUACGGAUUCGGAUGAACAGGAGAUAAGACCGUCGCAGCGCCAAAAGAUUGGUAAAAUAGAUACUAAGGUCGAUCGAAAAAUUACUGUUGUUAAGCUCAAAGAUUACAAUUAA